GACACACUCAGCUACAGGCGGUUUGUUUCCUCCCGUUAUUCUAACAGUUGUUCGGUUGCCGUUUCCUCGAAUUUAAAUUCUAAACAACACAGUGGAUCCUGGUUCCGUUAUCGGACGCGGUCAGACUUCGACACAACACCGGUGCGCAGAGAAAUUUUGAUCUUCCACUCGAAAAUUACCAGACACCGAUACAGUAAGGUCUGAUGUGUGAGUGAACGUGUCUGUGUUUAACGGAAGAGGUGGAUGUCGGGAGAUUAACGGAAAACCUGGACAUGUCCGAUAAUGGGUGCAGUCCGGCAGCGUUAGCUUGCAGGCUGCUUUAGCGCUAAUUAGCGGCAGCUCGUGGUGGAUUCUCAAUCCAGACACAUUAACGUUCAUCUCCUCACUUUAACGAGCCAAGUGUUUGUCACCCGGUGAUGUAAUAACUGUAAUCACCAACUGGAAUAUACCGUUAGUUCGUUUGCUAAUUGUGUUAGCCGCUGAUGCUGGAGACUUCCUGGUUUCUCAGUCUGCCUUUACUUCUUGGACUGUACAGCAUGUUUCCUGUCUGAGCUCCGGGUGAAACGGGCGGCAGGAGAAGCUCUCCAUCCCCGGCAGUGACACCAGGCUUUCAGGGUGAAACCACAGACUCUUUCACCAGGAAACUGAUCCAUGUUGGAGUGGUGAGUGUCUGUGCAACCUGGUCCAGCUCUCGGGGGUCAGGAGCUAGUUAAGACUUGACCCGGGAUCUGGCUGCGGCCUCAUAAUAAUCCUCUAAAGAGCUUAAGCGGGCUAAGUUCGUCCCUGGACUGUGACAGGUGGCGUGAUCACCAUGAUGCAGAUAUCUGACUCCUACAACCAGAAGAACUCGCUCUUCAACGCCAUGAACCGCUUCAUUGGCGCCGUCAACAACAUGGACCAGACGGUGAUGGUGCCCAGUCUGCUGCGGGACGUCCCGCUGGACGAGAACGGGGACGUGAAGGCACCGAGGCCCGCCAACGACACCACACCCGCCGCCGCCGCCCACUGCACCACCUGCUUCCACCAGGACGCCGACAUGUACAGCUCCUACGUCCUGCUCAAGUCCAUCCGCAACGACAUCGAGUGGGGCGUCCUGCAGGGGGACGGGCGGGGGAGGGACAGGGCGGGUGUGACGGAGGUGUCGCGGGUGGAGGCGGAGGAGGAUGACCUGGAGAAACAGUUUCGUUACCACCUGAACGGACUCCACACGGUUCUGUCCAAACUGACGCACAAGGCCAACAUGCUGACGAACCGCUACAAGGAGGAGAUCGGCUGCGGAAAUUAACCACGGACGGAUUCAUUUAUACAAGUUCUACAACCACACAGGUGUUUUUAACACGGUUCAGCUCGUUAGUUAAUUAGUCAGACACUAUUAAAUUCCUGCUUCAGUGUUAUGGGGAACAAACUUCACUUCAUCAUUUCCAAUUCAGAGUUCAAGGUUCAUUAGUGAACUUGAAGUGAUGCUGAAACACCACAAAAAAACUAAUCAUUUCCAUUAAUGAAACCUGAGCAUCUACUUCCUGUUUCAACACAUCAACCUGUCUUGAUGUCACUGAUCCCCCAGACACAUGCAGUUAAAUGAGGUCAUGGGUCAUUUUGACCUGUUAUAUUCUCACGUUUUAGAUUUUUUAGAGAGAAAAAUAGUUGUUAGUUUGAAGAGCCAGUGUCUGACCCUGCUACAGGUUGUACGCUGGAUUUCAGCAGUCGAGUUCAGACCAGGUCUGAUCCCCGGGGGGACGCCACAGGAUUCUGCUGCUUCAGUUUGGACCACUCUUGUUUUAAUGUGUCUGUUUAUGGACGUGGCACAUUACAUCACUUCCUGAAGUGCCACUUCAAAUGUUAGAAAAUCUGAAUUCUCUUUAUCACCGUUUGUCAUGUGGGGUUGACUUCCUGACACUGAUAAGCAGCCGAUUACCAAAUAUUCAAUGUCAAAGUGUCCUUGAACGCACCUCCAAGGAGUUUUCUGAUCCGUUAGUUUCAGCUGCUUCACCAGACUGAUUCAAAACCAAACACUGAUUUUACUGGAUGAUCUCUGCAGCAAGUUUCAACUUAAUUAACAACAACAUUGAAAUGAUUUUUAGAGUUGAUGAACUAACAUUUGUAAAAACACCAGUGUGGUUUGUAAAAAAAAAAAAAAAAAAAAAAAAAAAAAAAAGGGACUGCAGCUGUUGAUUGGACAAAAAACUGGAGAAAUAAGAACCUGAUAUUUUCUCUGGUUGUUUGUCCGACUGUAGUUGUUGAAGACACACAGUGGGUGAUUGGCUUUUUGUCUUGGGGCUGUUUGCACUAUGUUUUCAGGGUUAUUGUUUAUCUGUCUUUGUUUGUCCUCUCUCUCUGGACGUCCUUCAUUUCAUGCUGUAAAUUCAAAUCUAUGCAAACGCACCGAGGGCAACGUGCUCGGCGGGAAACCUCUGCAGAGUGGAACCUGCUCUGUGACGAGACUGAAGAGGAAGCGGCUUCGUUAAUAUUUGUUCUUGACUGCACACGCACAAACUGAAGAGAAGUCCUUUAUUUUCAAAAUAAAACUCCCUGACCUGCUUCAAAUGUUCAUCUUAAAUGCAGCUGACAAACUUUAGACACAUGAUGACACUUCAUUGAUCUCUAACCAAUACGAUUCCAGUGCAAAAUGAUCAAUACUAAAGUCGAUAUAUUGCUGGAGUAUGACACCAGCCAAUCACAGGUGUAUUUUGGCCAUUGAGUUUACUUGUUUACAGAGAUUUCGGAGCGAAUCUUAAUUGGACGUUAAAGUGUCUGUCAGGCUGCAACUCAUUCAAAACCUCCGCUGGAUUUUCCUGAAUUUAUUUUCUUGCAUCAAAACAUGAACAACGUGAUUAUUGACAGAUGUUGUUUCUGUUGCGAUGAAGACGAACCAGAGUUUAACGAAACCGUCUUUAAAGGAUCCGAAGGUUUGAAGCAGCAGCUCAGUCACUGUGCUUCAUUUCUGGAGCUGCGUAAAAAUACUGUAUGUGAAAAUAUUAAUGCAAUAUUCCACAGAGCAAUGCUUUUUUCCAUUUAAUGUCCAGCUUGAAAAUUAAAGGUUUUGAUGAGUA